AAGGGGGCGCGGCCUUGUCGGGGAACAACAGUGGGGUGUUGUGGCCGACUGCCUCCAUUCCCCCGCCAUGUUCUCCUAGCAGCCGUAUCCGACCGCCUCUCUCACCAUCGCAGCCUCAGCCCGCGCCACCCGGGCGCGCUCCGCCGUCGCGCCCCGCCGCUCCGCCCUGGCUGUCCUACCUCGGCCCGCGAACCCGACUCUUCCUCCCGCCUCCUCGCCGCCCCGCUUUGCCGAGACGCGACGCCCGAACCCUCCGCCAUGGUGAUGACCACCGCGCCUUCGCCCUUCCUGGCCCGGGCCUCGGCCGGCACCGAGGACCCCCGGCGGUUCCCCACGUCCCUCCUCCAGCGCCUCAUGCGGGCGGACGCCGGCGGCGAAGGCCACCAGCCCAGCUGCUGCCUGGUGGGGCCGGGCGGCAGCCCCAGGCCGGCGCUGAAGCGAGUGAGGCGGAGGAAGGGGAAGCUACGGCCCGCCGCCGCCUCCAGCCUCUCCCAGAGCCGCUACCAGCAGCACCAGCAGCACCGCGCCGGCCUGGGUCUCGAAGCGGGCCGGGGGGCGGAGGAGGAGCCGCCGACCGCUUCCCCGAGAUCAGCCAGCAAACCUCUCAGGAAAGAGUUGUUGAAAAACAAGAUGGGAAAAUCUGAGAAGGCUACCAUUCCAUACAAUCAGUCUGUUCAUGGUCUACACCUGUGUGAACAAUCAAAAAUUAACAGACAGAGGAGCAAAUGUAAUUUACAACUAAACAAGCUUCCACCUGCAAAAAAAGCUGAAAAUAACUUUUGGCAAGAGUCGGUAUCAUCUGAGCUCAUUAAAAAGCAGGAGAAAAAAACUGUGAAAGACACAGAAAACAGCAAAAACGUGAAAUCAAGGAAACCCAUCUUUCUGACAGAAGAGAACCAAAAAGAAAAUUAUGCUGGGGCAAAAUUUAGUGAACCUCCUUCACCCAGUGUCCUUCCAAAGCCGCCUAGUCACUGGGUAGGAAGCACUGUCCAAUAUUCUGACCAAAACAGGGAGAUGAUGGCAGUCCAUCUAAAGACUCUCUUAAAAGUUCAAGCAUAGCAUAUGGAUAAGCAAGAACAUACCAGAAAUUUGAAACCUGCCUUGUUGCAACAUGAAGUGCAAAAGACUGUCGAGUCUUAAAAUCACAAACUUGUACUCUAUUUUUUAUGGUUGUGUAAAUAUUGUAUAUCAUGUAAUGUGUAUAUUCAUAUUUUGAGGUACAUUUUAGUUUUGUUAUGAAAGGAUGUAUUUUAUACUUCCCAUGUGGCAGAUGAUUUUGUAUAUAAUGAUGGACAACUUGUAAUGUGUGCUUAACACAGAAGACUUGACAAUGUUUGCACAAGGUAAUGAGAUUUGAAAAUCGAGAAAAGCUUUCAUCUCAAGGUUCAAAUGGCAAUGUGAAAUCAAAGUACUAAGGCACUACUGAGAAGUUUCACAGUCUGUGGCACAAGACUUCAUAAGAUGUGAAUCUGUUUGGAACAGUAUUUAGAGUUAAAUUCAAUUCCUUCUCAAAAGACACAUUUGGAAUUUGAGUUAAAUAAUCCAAUAAUUUAGCAUAGCUGAUUCUCUAAAAUAAAGCUGUGCUUUUUGCCCAGAGAUAAUUGGUGAUUUAAAAAAAAAAAUUAAAUAAAACAAUUUGGC